CCGUAUGGAUAGACAGGAGGAGCAGAGCCCCCCGUACAUGAAUCAGUUGUGACGGAUUUACAUAGAUAAUUUGUUAUGAUGGUUACGUUGCAAAGACAUUACAACAAUUAUAAUACAAAGUCACAUACUGUUAAAAUACUACAUAACAUUUUUAUUUUACUGAAUAAGUUUUAAACUGGAAACAUAUGCUCUUUAUUUAUUCAAGUUUUAAUUUUGAAUUAUUAGCAUAUUAAUGCAUUUUAAUGCAUAUAUGUAUAUGUUUAUAAUACUUGACAACUUACAAAACAAAAUCCUGGUAAUACAAUACCCGCUUGCAUAGCGCCAUCUGCAGUUCGGAUGUUCCGAUCAGUAUCAUGACAGGCUCACCAGACAGAGAGAUGUUCUGGUCUAUGGUUCUGACGACGUUGGUUUUUACAGGUUGCACUGUACGCAUGUUAUCAAUGAAGAUUUUUGGGCAGAUUUUGAAAUCACCAGCCAGCGGCCACGCUGUCUAGAAGACGAAGGGACGAAAAAACAAAUCAAUACAAUGCUGACAGAAUAAAGCUCAAGGCCUUUGAGCUGAUGGGAUCUUUCUGACAUUCUGGAGAAUCAGAGUCCACUGGAUGGAUCUUGCCGAGGAGGAUCAGUAAUGCGGUGGCCAGCUGCCUUUCUCUUGCUUCGACUGGCAAUAACUUGCAUUAUUCUUCAUGGCUUCGAUGUCUCUGUGUCAGAAUUUCAGCCAGCAGUUGGAUGUCCAGAAAGCUGUUUCUGCUCAGAGAUGGUUAAUGGGGGGCUGGUGGUUAGUUGUAGCAACAUGCACUUGAUUACAGUGCCACGUGGGUUUCCGAACACAACACAACAUCUUUACCUGGAUAACAACCUCCUGGUUACCGUACCAUCUGAUUCCUUUAUAGGCCUGACAAUGCUAUGCGGGCUGGAUCUUUCCCACAACAGGCUGACCCACCUCGAGCCCGGAGCUUUCCGAGGUCUGGCGGACUCGUUGAUUAGCCUAGAUCUUUCCUCCAACCAGCUGGAGACACUGGACCCGGAGGGGCUUGGUGACAUCCGGGCCCACACAAAUCUCUCCCAUAACCCUUGGCAGUGUGACUGCCGUCUACAGCUGGCUAUGCCACAAUUGCUUCUAGACCCGUCCUCCCUCGCUGAGGUGGUGUGUAACAGUUCUGAACCAGAGGAGUUGAGGGCUCAAGGUUUGCCUUUUAUUCUGGUAGCGACUGAUGUUGACUUUUGCGGGGCAUAUAGGAAGACCACUGACGUUGUUAUGCUGAUUACAAUGUUUGUCUGGUUUACAAUGGUUAUAUCUUACUUGGUUUGCUACGUAAAGCACAACCAGGAAGAGGCAUCACGUCAUCUAGAAUACCUCAAGUCUCUCCCAAAAAUACAGGGUAGGUGAGAGCAGUCACUGAGCACCUGGCUGUAAACAUAAAUAUGACGUUGAUAUCGUUUACAUAGAAUGGCAUCUUCUCAGUUAUCAAGGUAAUGUGCGAUCUUUUGUAAUUAUACAGAAUUUAAAAUUUUUCGAUUUACUCUAAUGUGCACAAAGUGUUGUCUGUUUAAGUCAAAGUAAUUAUUACCAUAAUAUAAGUAUAAAAAAGUGCAUAAGACUCCUAAGACCUGGUGUGUCCACAUAUGUGGACAUCACAUUUUUUUGUUGUUUGCACCAUAAUACUUUAUUCUGUGUAACUGGAACUUGAUCCCAAAUAGCUGGAAGAAAUCUGAAAAAAGACAAACCCAAGCUCGGGUUUUAGGGGUUAAAUAGAUUUUGCUUGCAUUCCAAUAAUUAAAGGGAUAGUUCACUUUAAAAUGAAAAUUCUGUCAUCAUUUUCUCAUCCUCAUGUUGUUCUAAACCUGUAUGAAUUAUUUUUUUUCUGAUGAACACAAAAGAAGCAGUUAGUGACCAUGGACUUCCAUAGUAGGAAUAAAAAAAUAUGAUGGAAUUAAUGGGUACCAUCAAAUGUGUGCUUAACAUCAUUUAUCAAAAUAUUUUCUUCAUCAUUUAUCACAAUACUUCUCAAAUAUUUUUUUCUUACUAUGGUAGUCAAUGGACACUAUGCUGUGUUUACCAUCAAUUCUUAAAAUAUCUUCUUUUGUGUUCAUCAGAAAAAAUACAUUCAUACAGGUUUAGAACAACAUUAGGAUGAGUAAAUGAUGACAGUAUUUCAUUUUAAGGUGAACUAUCCCUUUAAGGCCACUAGGUGGCAGAAACACAUCACUUGUAUUAUGGAAACGUAUAGUAUGUCCUUCGUGUCUGUAAGCUAGACCCAUAAAAACAGUUCAGCAAAGUUACACAAAGCAAACAUUGUAUAUUAGGAAAAUAAUAUAAUAAUAAAAUAUAUAAACUUAAUAAUAUUCAUUUUCUUCACUUUUAAAAAUAAACUUUCUGUUUAAAAAAAAGAGGUUCUUUAAAGUGUAAAAGGUUCUUCAGAUUAUAAAAAUGUAUAAAAGAAAUGGUUCUUUAAAGAACUAAAUCUGGUUCUUUAGGGAACCACCAAAGGUUCUUCUAUGGCAUCGCUGCAAACAACCUUUCAAGCACCUUUAUUUUUAAAAGUGUUCUCAUAAUAGUUAAAAUUACCAAUUGUAGCCUACACAAGGUCAAAAAAACCCCAAAAAUAUUAAGUAAAAGUUGUAUUCUUCAACAGACAUGUUUUGCUUUAAUGUAGCGUGCUCCUUUUAAUUAAUCCCAAGAGAAAAAUCCACCUUUUGUUAAAGUCUGUUGUGUAACAGGCCUCUGGUCCGGUUUUGAAAGCAUCUUCUGUACAAUUAGGAGUCGCUUAUUCAUAAUGGAAUUUCCUGCCAUUUUGCAGUCUUUUCUCUGAACGUCGGAGAUCAGAUUGGCAGCUGUCCCGCUGUGACCGGGACAGAUAAGGCUGUUUUUGACAACAGUCAGGUGCAGCUUACAUGGAUUACACAAUGACAAAAUCACCAUGGUGAUGUGAAGUAAUGAUAUUCUCUACAGUGCAUGUAUGUACUGUAUGUGGAACAGAUAAGACUAUGUACUGUAUAUUUGCAAACUUUAUAAAGAAGCAUUUAUGUGUGUUUAAAUGAAACCGAUAUAAAGGGCAAACCAGUACCUUAAUACUUUCAAGGUAAAACCUAAAUGCAUCCAUCAGAAACAUGUAACAUAUGUGCUUUUGCCAUGAUUCAACAUCUAUAAAUGCAGAUUAGCUUCCAAAAAUUUACUUUAUUGUUUCAGCACUGUUCAAUUAAACAUGAAAAAUAAAUCACAGAGUCCAAGAUGCCAGCCGUUCUUCACAUGCUUUGGCACUGAUACCCAAGUAUGUAAUGUAAUUUGUAUGAUUAUGUAUGUGUUAACGUAUGUACUGUAUUGUGAGGACCAAGUUUCUGAAAAUGUCUUAAUGAAUAAAUAUGUCAAACUGAAUGAGAAUGUAAUCUUCGCUUGUUAAAAGCGUAAUAAUAUUAAACAAAAU